AAAAACGAUUUCUGAAGUUUGAAAUUUUUCAUUAGCCCAAGGCAGCAACACCUGGGUCUGUGCGCUGCCUUUUUCAUGCCUGGAGUUGUUGCAACACGAACCCUAACAUUCGCCUGACUACAGUAUACUGAAGCUCUGACAGUUGUACAGCUCAGCAUAAAAUAUGCAGCACACCAUGACUGUCUGGAGGCAGAUAAAUGAUCUGAAAUAUAUGCAGGGCAGUAGAUAAGUAGCACGAACAUUUUUGGCAUUUCCUGUACGCAUCAGUGUAGCAAAUCCAAAUGGGGAGAACGUGAAAAACUUGUGUUCGGUACACUAUAUCCUGCCUACUCUUCUUAUAAAGCUGUGAAAUCAAAAGAUGUGAAAGAAUAUGUAAAAUGGAUGAUGUACUGGAUAAUAUUUGCCCUGUUCAUGACUGUGGAAGUCUUCACAGAUAUGUUUCUCUGUUGGAUUCCUUUCUACUACGAGCUGAAGAUAGCGUUCGUGGUGUGGCUGCUGUCCCCUUACACUAAAGGCUCCAGUGUACUCUACAGGAAGUUUGUUCAUCCCACGCUUUCCUCAAAAGAAAAGGACAUUGAUGACUAUAUCUGCAAUGCAAAGGACAAAAGCUAUGACACACUGGUGCAUUUUGGGAGAAAAGGGCUAAAUGUUGCUGCCACAGCAGCCGUCAUGGCUGCAACAAAGGGCCAAGGCGUCCUAUCAGAGGGGCUCAGGAGUUUUAGCAUGCAGGAUUUGUCUUCGUACAAUUCGGACGCUGAUGAAAGCAGCUCUGGUACCUCACAGCCCGCGACAGGAGCAGCAGCAGCAGCAGCACAGCAGCAUCGAAGCCGAACAAUGAUGCGCAGCAAGUCAGAGAGCUACAACAAAGGACAGGAUUUUGAUGUAACUGAGUUUGAGGUGUUGGGAGUGGACCAAUGUGGCUCCAAGGACUCGGUAGCACAGGUCGUUCUUCCCUCUGAGUCUGAAUCCACACCUAGUCCAGUCCCUCUGACACCGCAGUCGAGCCUGCCAUCCACACCCUCUCCACCUCCCACUCCACCAGUUCCGGAGCAGCCCAAGGAGGUGGGGAAAGAGGUACAGACUACCAUGAGCUCACCACAGCUUAGGCUGAUAAAAAGGAAGGCUCCUGAGCCUCCUCAUAAAGUCUUAAGGCCUCUCACAAGAUCCAGGAGUUCUCUUUCCUCGAACAAUGAAGCCAUGUGAAACUGUCCUUAAGUCGACUCCAGCUGCCUUCGCUGCAAGAAGUAAAAAUACUGAAUGGCCAAAAGCUACAUGACUGAAGCAGCCUUGCUUUGGAAAAAGGUAUUACCAAAGUGACCUAUGAUGACCCCUCAAUUUAUAGUACACACUGUAGCUCGGUCUCAUGGUAAACUACGUAGGGUUUGUGUCCCCAUGUUAGAGAAUGUGAAUGAUGGGGUGCAGAUAGCUUCUUUGAGUUUCGUGGGUUACUCUGUCUGUAUUCAUGUACAGGUUGUGUGAACAUCGUCUGUCUAAUUAGGUCAAUGUUUAGAUUCAUAAGGUUUGGGUAGGUUUGUGUCUCCCUGGGACAGUAUGGUCACCCCCACUACCCAAGAAGUGUCAUAAAAGAAGUGCUGGAAAUUCUGCACUGACAAUUUACCUACUGAGAAGUGAAAUAUAUUUACUUUGACUUUAAAGCCUUAAAUAAAGACAUCGCAGAGACAUAAACACAUGACACAUCUACAUUCUUAUUGUACAAUCAUGUUUGCACUAUGAUUUAAAUAUAAAGUUGUGACAGGAUUAUUAAGGCCGAGAACCAUUGCUUUCUUAAAAUUAUAAUUAUAAUUGCCUGUUAACGUCAUAGUGAUCAGUUCUUUGGCAUGUUAAAAAUGUCAUGUCAUUUCUUUGACAACCCACUCAGCAAAAACAUACAAAGACAUCCAGACUUUCAUAUUGUUUCAUUGGCCCAUAGUCUUUUUCAGAGUGGAUUUGAAUAUUCUUACCAAAAGUUAACAUGUGGUAUGGUAGCCAGAGACCUUUUUUUGGCAGGAAAUUCUAGUUCCUGUAUUGGAUUUUUCUCCUUAAGUUACUGCCCUGCAUACUUAAUACUUAAUAAAGUGGCCCAAUAACGUACACGUGUUCUUACACUUGAGUGGCUGAUUAUCAUUGGUGGCUUUGAUGUUGCUGUUUAGUUCUUAUUUGGCAGAUAAGUCACUGUUCCUGAGAAAAAAAAAACAUUUAAUUUUUACCCUUAAAAAAUUAUUCUUAUGUCACUUAAGUUUUUGCAUGUGGAGUCAAAUGUUUUGACAAUCUAGUUUUAAAAUACUUAAUUAAUCAUGUGGAAGAUUAUUUGACAAGAUGUUUAAUAGUAAAAUGAGAUGUAGAAAAAAAAAUCAAAAAAUUGAAUAUUUACUGUAUAUAACCGCAGUAGAAGAAAUCUGAGCAACACAGAAAACAAGAAACUACAAUCUCACGGGUGAAGUAGCAGUUUUAUUUCUAAAUACUUAUGUCUGGUUUUGGUAGUACUCUUACCUAAAGAUCAUUAAACAUUAAAGUAAGAUACUACCUAAAAAACUCCGACAACUAAUGAGGAACUGCAACUUUAUGUACGUUUUCAUACUUCACUCGCUGAGCCCAGAUUCAGGUGACCUUUUACACAACGUGUCAUUGUGUCUGUUGUCAAUGGUUGUGUUUGUGCAGUAGAUUUAUAAGUUUAAGCAUUAAAAGGUAAACUGAAGUUUGAAACAAAGGCUUCUCAGGUACAACUGUUCUGUUUACAAGACGUUCAUUCGCUCGCCCUGCACAUGAAAUCGUCUUUAGGUGGAUAGAUCAAAACUAUUAAAUGCAAAAACAAAUUAUCUACUCUGCAUUUGUAACUGUAUUAGGGUUGGGAUUUGUUUUCUUCUUCUUGAGUAAAACUGAAACAAAUACAUGUAUCCAUGGCAUUUGUAUACUUGUGCAUAAACUGCUGAGCUCAUCACUGCAUGCAUGAUGUGUCAAUUUCCAGAAAAAAUAAUUUUCUACGGUGAUUUCUGUGUGAAAGUGUCGUCCUCUUCCAAUGCUUCCCUGCUAAACAUGGACACAAUGGUCCUCUUGUCACUUUCACUGUAAAAACCAUAAUGUUUUGACUUUGUUGGUUUAGCGUACAUGCAAAUUACCGUCUUAUUUAUGAGUACAUCGGCCGCUUUGUUUUAUGAAAUACAUUGCGCCUCUUUGCUGAGUUUUUGUUCUGGCAGGCCAGAAUUUUCAAAUUACUAAAACUUAAUCUUGAUUGCGAAAUAUAAACUAAAACAAUUGGUGUGUAUAAAAGCAGAUGUAUCCAAAAUGUAAUUGUCAAAUGUUUGUGGACAAUGCCUUUUUCUUAAAUAAAAAAAAUCUUCAAAAAUUCUAAA